UUAAUUCACCUUUGCUUUCCGUAGGCUUAGUGUUUGUUUCUCACGCGCCCUCCACCCUCCCUCCGUCGUCAUCACUCUGAAUUGUUCGUCUCUGAUUCAUUCCUUCAGCUGGCAGGUUCGAUUCACAAAACCUUCGAUUCACCGCUUAAAGUUGUGGGUUUGCUGGAACAAGUUAAUCCCAUACCUUCAUGGUGUGUGGUGACACUGAAGACUCGACAUGGGAAUUUUUGAUGAGUUACCUUUGCCUUCAGAUAAAGAUUAUUUGAGAGAAGACCUCUUGAGGAUAGAUGAAUGUUGGAUUGCUGCUCGUUUUGAUUCACUACCUCAUGUUGUUCAUAUUUUGACAUCGAAAGACCGUGAUGCUGCUGCCCAAUUUUUGAAGGAGCAAAGUGAUAUCAUUGAAGAUGUUGUGGAUGAAGUAGUACAUUCCUACCAUAGUGGCUUCAACAGAGCUAUCCAAAACUAUUCCCAGAUCUUGAAGCUCUUCAGUGAAUCCACUGAAAGUAUAUCUGUCUUAAGAGUAGAUUUGGCAGAGGCAAAGAAGCGCUUAAGUGCCCGCAAUAAGCAAUUGCAUCAACUAUGGUAUCGAUCAGUCACACUGCGACAUAUAAUAUCGUUGUUGGAUCAAAUUGAAGACAUAGCUAAGGUUCCAGCUCGCAUUGAGAAACUCAUUUCAGAGAAGCAAUUUUAUGCUGCUGUUCAAUUGCAUGUGCAAUCAGUGUUGAUGCUUGAGCGAGGUCUCCAAAAUGUUUUAGGCCUACUGAAGAAGGGAAUAAAUUUUGUACGUAAAAAAGCCUUGUAUGGACUAAAGCAGUCACCCUGUGCUUGGUUUGGUUGGCUCACUCAUGUUAUGAUCAACAUAGUCAAGGUGAACAUACCUCAUUCUUCAAGCAUUCCCCAAAAGGUUGGAGCACUUCAAGAUGUCCGUUCUGAGUUAACGAAGUUACGUGGAGUUCUCUUUUAUAAAAUUUUGGAGGAUUUGAAUGCCCAUUUGUACAAUAAGGGUGAAUAUAGUGUUGCUGGCUCAACUUUGUUAGAGAAUGAUGACGAAGUACCAACCACCACUGCUACUGCCCUUGCUGCACAUAAUUCACAAUCACUGUCUCGAAGAACAAGAUCAUUCAAAGGUGACAGUCGGAAUAGUCUCCAGACUGAUGGAUCUUAUAGGACAGGAUCAGUGGCAGGAGGUUCCUUCGAUGGUCAUGAUGAGACAUAUUCAAAUGAGGAAGGUACCUUAGAUGGGAAUAUGACAGGAAUGAGAAUUAAUGGAAGUGAUGUACCAAAGGAUUCCAAUAAUGCUCUUCGUCAAAUGCCAACAUGGCUCUCAAAUUCGACACCUGAUGAAUUUCUUGAAACAAUUAGAAAGAGUGAUGCUCCGCUGCAUGUGAAGUAUCUUCAGACCAUGGUCGAGUGCCUUUGCAUGCUUGGCAAAGUUGCAGCUGCUGGAGCUAUUAUAUGCCAAAGAUUGCGGCCAACAAUUCACGAGAUAAUUACAUCAAAGAUUAAAGCUCAUGCAGAGUUCCUGAAUUCAUCAAGGUCUAGCAUUGGUCAUGGUUCCCACACUGGAACAGGUAAUCUGCACUUCAUAAAAGGUCAACUGGAAAGUUUUCAGCUGCCAAAACAGAAGCCUAAGAAUGGAAUAUCUAGCAGUGGGACUCUGUUGGCUGUGAGCCCCGUCUCGCCUCUUAUGGCUCCUGGUGGGAAAGCACAGGUUACUGCUAAGGAGCUUCUUGAUUCAAUUUUGGAUUCUGUUGUCCGAUUAUUUGAGAAUCAUGUCAUUGUUGGGGAGCUUUUAGAAGCAAAAGCCAGUCAGCAUGCUGACAUAAACACGCCAAAAUCAGUGCCAGUGGAUAUAAGUUGGAACCCUGAUUCUGAAGCAUCUCAAGCCACUGGAGGUUACAGCAUUGGUUUUUCCCUGACGGUGUUGCAGAGUGAAUGCCAACAACUUAUAUGUGAAAUUCUACGGGCCACUCCUGAAGCUGCAUCUGCUGAUGCUGCUGUUCAAACAGCUAGGCUUGCAAGCAAAGUUCCUUCCAAAGAUAAAAGGGAUGGAUCAGAAGAUGGUCUUACCUUUGCAUUUCGCUUUACUGAUGCUACAAUAUCCAUUCCUAACCAGGGAGUUGAUCUUGUACGCCAAGGGUGGAAUAGGAAGGGUCCCAAUGUCCAAGAAGGUUAUGGUUCAGCAGCAGUUUUGCCUGAGGAAGGCAUUUAUCUAGCCGCAUCCAUAUACCGACCUGUGCUUCAGUUCACUGAUAAAAUUGCUUCAAUGCUGCCAACAAAGUAUUCCCAACUUGGAAAUGAUGGUUUGCUAGCUUUUGUGGAGAACUUUCUGAAGGACCACUUUUUACCAACUAUGUUUGUGGACUACCGAAAAGGCGUACAGCAAGCCAUAUCAAGUCCAGCUGCGUUUCGUCCAAGGGCACAUGUGGCUACUGCUUACAUUCCUUCAAUUGAAAAGGGUCGCCCUGUGUUACAAGGACUAUUGACUAUAGAUCACUUGACAAAGGAGGUGCUUGGCUGGGCACAAGCAAUGCCCAAGUUUGCUAAUGAUCUAGUGAAGUAUGUGCAAACUUUUCUGGAGAGGACUUAUGAAAGAUGUAGGACUGCAUACAUGGAGGCUGUUCUUGAGAAGCAGAGUUAUAUGCUUAUUGGGAGGCAUGAUAUUGACAAACUGAUGAGACUCGACUCAUCAAGUGCUUAUUUACCAAAUCUGCUCGGUCAGUUUAAUGUGGAAAGUAAUUCAUCUGAUGCUGAAACAGUUGAGGCUGAAUCAGAACUAAGUGAAUUACUGUUAAAUUUGCGUCCUAUUAAGCAGGAAAACCUGAUCCAUGAUGACAACAAACUUAUUUUGUUGGCAUCCCUUAGUGACUCAUUGGAGUAUGUUGCAGACUCUAUUGAAAGGCUUGGACAGACAACUCAGAGAGCACUAAUUCAUGGAGGAAAAGACCAUCACAGUCGUUCAGACAGUGCUCCUCCAAAGAGUCUAGCUUCAUUUGCUCAAGAUUAUAGGAAACUGGCAAUUGAUUGCCUCAAGGUUUUACGUAUAGAGAUGCAAUUGGAGACAAUAUUCCAUAUGCAGGAAAUGGCAAAUACAGAAUACUUGGAUGACCAAGAUGCUGAAGAGCCGGAUGACUUCAUCAUUUCGCUCACUUCACAGAUAACUCGAAGAGAUGAGGAAAUAGCUCCUUUUAUUUCAAAUGUAAAGCGGAAUUACUUAUUUGGUGGAAUUUGUGGGGUUGCCGCAAAUGCAUUUCUUAAGGCUUUGGCGGAUAUGAAAUCAAUAAAUCUUUUUGGCGUUCAGCAAAUUUGUCGAAACGCUAUUGCAUUAGAACAGGCACUGGCAGCUAUUCCAUCCAUAAAUAGUGAAGCAGUGCAACAAAGAUUGGAUCGAGUCCGCACCUACUAUGAACUAUUGAACAUGCCAUUUGAGGCCUUGGUUGCCUUCAUCACAGAACAUAUGCACUUGUUCACCCGCGCUGAGUAUAGCAACCUUCUUAACGUUCAGGUUCCAGGACGGGAAAUUCCUCCUGAUGCACAGGAUCGAGUAUCUGAAAUAUUAUCCACGUAGAAAGUUCUCUUUCGCUUCUAUUCCAGAAUUUUUGGACUGUUGGGGGUCCUCACAUCAAUUAUAUUUCUCAUUCAUAUUUAUGAAAAUGCUGAUGCAACAAACCGAUGCCGAUCUUACAACAACUUACAUAGUAGACUACCAGUGAAAAGUGGUUUUGAUUGCAAUUCCUUUCUUCCCAUCAAUUGUUUGUGAUGUAAUGGUGAUUUCAAUUUUGGUUGCCGCUGCUUUCCUUUUGGGUUACUCGCUAGCUCGCUCUCUAUUUUUUGGGUCUUGAGUUUGGGUGUGAAGAGCAUUUAAUUCAAGUCAAUAUUAUGAACAACCUGAAAAUCACUUGUAUAUUUUCAUGCUAAAUAUAUUGUAUAAUUACUUUC